UCUGGACCGGUUAAUCGAACCACGGUUCGAGUCGACCGCCGUGUCGUGAGGGCCGACAAGAACUCUUCAAAUCGGCCAAGCAAUAAUAAUCACGGGAACGGAUAGUUUAACCUCCGUCAACGGCCUGCUUCCCUUCAAGCUCCGCCACCUCAGCGCAUUAUCAGAAACUCUGAGAACUCCAGUGCUAUGAGAGACCAAAGCAACGGAACAGCUGUAAGAGGAUUCGCUUCGCCAGAUAGGGGUGCGCACGAUAAGAGAGUGGGUGGUAACAAUCAUAACAAUCACCAGCAGCUCCACCAGCGAACCAGCCACAACAACCAUGAUAACAACCACCACCAAAGCAAAUCAGCGGCGUCUUCUGAGAUGGCUCACGACAGCAAAAAGGGAGGCUCCUCUUCAGGAAGCGGCGAGGCAGAUGCUCCGCCCAUCGUUUGGCCGCCGAAAUUCGUGAUCGCUUUGACGAAUAAAGAGAAGGAAGAGGAUUUCAUGGCCAUCAAAGGAUCUAAACUGCCACAGAGACCCAAAAAACGAGCGAAAUUCAUUCAACGAACCCUCAACCUAGUAAGUCCGGGGGCGUGGCUAUGCGAUUUAACCCUCGAACGAUACGAGGUCAGGGAGAAGAAGAUGACAAAGAAGAGACCAAGAGGAUUGAAGGCAAUGAGAAAUACUAAUAUGGAAUCGGACUCCGAAUAAGAAGACAGGAGGAGCGGUUUAGGCGUCGGGAUCGAGUAUCGGAAUAUGAUGC